AUGAUUAAUGAAUAUUUCACAUCAUCAAAAGAAAUCAAAAUAUUUAUUGAAGGUAACAUCAAUAAUAUUUCCGACUCAGCAUUUUCAAACAGUAUUGUCAAUACAUUUGUUUAUUGUGGUUAUCAUCUUGUUUCCGGUAAAUUCCUUUAUUAUUCUCAAGGUCAUCACAAUGUCAGUGCCUAUCCAUUUUAUCCAUCUAAACAACUUGGUGGUGUCAAAGUUAAUCUUACAGCCGAAUGUCCUAAUUUACCUAUACAUGAAAAGAAACACCUUUCAAAACUUGUUAUUAGCUUGAUUUCUAUUGGAAGCAUUUCACUGGUUAUUUGUGUAGUUUUUAUUAUUUUUAGAAUCCAAUCAAUUAAAAAAGCUCAGAAGAUAAUCAAUGACAAAAAUGAAUUUCGUAAAACUAUUCUUAAUGACUUCGGAUAA